GUCGCAUGGUCGCAUCACUAUUCAUCGUCUGACAAUAUGGCGGAAUUUCUUAUCAGCAUAGCAGUGAAUUUGUAAAAUAUUUGACGAAAAUAGCUAUUUAUAAAUAGAACUUAAAACAAGAACAGAUUAUAUUGAGUAGAAAGGACCUAUUUAGCGCCGAGUGGUGUCUUGCACUGUUUACACCGGUUACAAAAAUAACCGCGUACCGAAAUAUUUAAUUGAACAUCUGACAAUAAUAAUAAACAUGAACAUUAUGUUUGAGAAGCAUUCAGAGCGAUAAUUUGCGUAGAUAAUUACGUCACGGCGGCCUCAUGUGUCGGGAUUACCGUUUGUGCAUCGUGAAGAUACGUUGUGAAGGUCCAUAAUGAUUCAUGAGGUUAAUUGAGGUUUUACUUCGAUAAUACGUAAUUGGUCCGUAAGCGUUACGCGAUAAGUGUGUGUAGUUUCGCCUUCAUCGGGCGUUGACUCGUCUCGCAGGAAUCCGGUAGAAACGCAAGUGACUAAUUGAUGAAAUGAUCGAGAGUGUAUCAAGACGUGCCUUUAGCAGUUCCAGUGGAACAUACAACGUGCGUGCUUCGGAGCUGGCGCGCGAACGCAAACUCAACAUCUUCAAUGUCACUGUGCAGUUUCUGGAUGACACCCAGCAGUCAUUUCAAAUCGAGAAAAAAGCUAAAGGCAGCGUUCUACUAGAACAAGUGUAUCAACAUUUGGAACUAGUAGAGAAGGAUUAUUUUGGGUUACAAUUUACGGAGAAUGGAUCGCCACCCAACGCCACAAACUCAGAAAUAACACGUUGGCUGGACAGCACGAAAUCGGUGAAGAAACAAGUUGGUGCGAACGCUCAAUUCUGGUUGGCUGUUCGUUUCUAUCCGCCUGAACCUUCCCGAUUGGCUGAGGAGUAUACCAGAUACCUGUUGUGCCUUCAACUGAGGAAGUUGCUGCUUGAUGGCAGAAUGAAUGCCCCGAAGAACACCGCCUUAUUGCUAGCUUCGUUCACUGUACAAGCGGAGCUAGGCGACUAUAACGUAUCAGAGCAUCCCCCAAACUAUCUAUCCGAGCUCUGCCUCCUGCCGAAACAGAACGCGGAAGAUGAGCGUCGAAUCAGAGAACUGCAUAAGUUACAUAAAGGACAAUCACCAGCGGACGCUGAAGCGAAUUUCUUGGAACAUGCUAAACGAUUAGACUGUUAUGGAGUUGAGUCGCAUCCUGCCAAGGAUUACAACGGCAAGGACAUAUUCAUAGGCGUCACAUCGAUAGGUAUCGUCGUGUUCCAGAACAAUAUACGAGUCAACACAUUCUCUUGGAGCAAAAUCGUCAAGAUUUCCUUCAAGAAGAAACAGUUCUUCAUACAGCUGAAGAGAGAACCUUCAGAAUCAUAUGACACAGUCCUUGGUUUCAACAUGCGGUCUAGUCGAGCGGCUAAAGCGCUGUGGCGCUGCAGUGUAGAGAGACACGGUUUCUUCAGACUACGAGCACCUAGACGACGAGCGCUUUUAGCAGCGCUGGGAGCGUUGGCUGGGUUGGCUGCACCCACAGUACCUAGAACUGAGACGAUGGCGUUGGAAGACGCUAGACGAUCGAGAUCGACUAAUAGGAGUUUUGUUAGACGUAGUAGUUCCCGUCCCCGCGAGCGUUCAGUAGGCAUGUCUCCCGCGAGCGGUAUGCGAGGCUCCCGCGUCACUGCGCACUGUGAACCCGCGCCACGACCUGCCUGGGGAGACCUUGAUAGACCUAGCUCCGAUAUCAUCGAAGGAGACUUCUUAGAACGAGUCCUCCGUAUCCCCCUAUCCUACGUGGACGAAUCAGAGUCCGGUUCAGAAGGGGCGGAGUCUGCGGAGUGUGGGGGAGUUAGAGUCCGACUAGAGGCUGGAUCUGACGGACUGUUCGGGUUCAAUGUUAGAGGAGGGGGCGCUGCGCCUGUACUAGUGUCCAGGGUCGCUAGUAGGACUAGAUUGCAGUUGCAAGAAGGGGAUCAGGUGAUAUCGAUAAACGGGACGGACGUGGACGAACUGACACACGAACAAGUCGUACAACUAAUUAGGAACACACGAGGUGUCUUGACAUUGGUCGUAAAACCAAAUGCUGUCUACGCCCCCGAAGAUCCAGGCGCGGAAGAGCCAGAAGCAUGCUUCGUGCCUCUCUUCUCGGAAGGUGACUCCAGACCAGAAGGGGACGCUCUAGAACAAUCCAUUCUGUUGCUAGGCGACGGACUGGCCAGUGGGAACGCGCUCAAGCAAUAUGAGACCUUACUGAGAAGGUUACCCGACGAACCGACGAAUAUAUCGAAACUGCCUUGCAAUUUGAACAAGAAUCGGUACAGGGACAUUGCGCCUUAUGAUUCAACGCGAGUGAUAUUGAAAAAUGGUCCAACAGGCGACUAUAUCAACGCGUCGUAUAUCAACAUGGAGAUACCGAACUCCGAUACAGUACUGACUUAUAUUGCAACGCAAGGUCCUUUAUCAACAACAGUAGGCGACUUCUGGCAAAUGGUUUGGGAAUCAGAAAGCAGUCUUAUAGUGAUGCUGACAGUACUGACGGAGCGAGGCCGCGCCAAGUGUCACCAAUAUUGGCCCAAGGUUGGCACCACUCCUCUGAAGGCCACGAACGAUCUCACCAUAUUCACCAACAGUGAACAGAACCACGGACAUUAUAUUAGGAGAGAAAUGACUAUUAAGGAGAGUGGCGGAGCGUCCCGCGCGGUCUGCCAGCUGCAGUACACGGCGUGGCCGGACCACGGCGUGCCGGAGGACGCGGCCGCCUUCAUCAGCUUCACGCAACUAUGCUCACAGCUACGGAACCGGAGACCUAUGAUACCGACAGUGGUAGAGCCCGAAGAAGGCGAAGAGGAGCGCGAGUUGGACCCCCCGAUGGUGGUGCACUGCUCGGCGGGCGUGGGCCGCACGGGCGCCCUCGUGCUGUGCGAGGUGGCCCUGGCGCUGGCCGCGCGCCGCCAGCCGCUCUACCCGCUCGACCUCGUCCGCGCCAUGCGCGCGCAGCGACCCAUGUGCAUACAGAACGCGGUACGUACUGCGACACGCCUUGCGACAUACAUACAUACUGUACGAGGUGGCGCUGGCGCUGGCCGCGCGCCGCCAGCCGCUCUACCCGCUCGACCUCGUCCGCGCCAUGCGCGCGCAGCGACCCAUGUGCAUACAGAACGCGGUACGUACUGCGACACGCCUUGCGACAUACAUACAUACUGUACGAGGUGGCGCUGGCGCUGGCCGCGCGCCGCCAGCCGCUCUACCCGCUCGACCUCGUCCGCGCCAUGCGCGCGCAGCGACCCAUGUGCAUACAGAACGCGGUACGUACUGCGACACGCCUUGCGACAUACAUACAUACUGUACGAGGUGGCGCUGGCGCUGGCCGCGCGCCGCCAGCCGCUCUACCCGCUCGACCUCGUCCGCGCCAUGCGCGCGCAGCGACCCAUGUGCAUACAGAACGCGGUACGUACUGCGACACGCCUUGCGACAUACAUACAUACUGUACGAGGUGGCGCUGGCGCUGGCCGCGCGCCGCCAGCCGCUCUACCCGCUCGACCUCGUCCGCGCCAUGCGCGCGCAGCGACCCAUGUGCAUACAGAACGCGGUACGUACUGCGACACGCCUUGCGACAUACAUACAUACUGUACGAGGUGGCGCUGGCGCUGGCCGCGCGCCGCCAGCCGCUCUACCCGCUCGACCUCGUCCGCGCCAUGCGCGCGCAGCGACCCAUGUGCAUACAGAACGCGGUACGUACUGCGACACGCCUUGCGACAUACAUACAUACUGUACGAGGUGGCGCUGGCGCUGGCCGCGCGCCGCCAGCCGCUCUACCCGCUCGACCUCGUCCGCGCCAUGCGCGCGCAGCGACCCAUGUGCAUACAGAACGCGGUACGUACUGCGACACGCCUUGCGACAUACAUACAUACUGUACGAGGUGGCGCUGGCGCUGGCCGCGCGCCGCCAGCCGCUCUACCCGCUCGACCUCGUCCGCGCCAUGCGCGCGCAGCGACCCAUGUGCAUACAGAACGCGGUACGUACUGCGACACGCCUUGCGACAUACAUACAUACUGUACGAGGUGGCGCUGGCGCUGGCCGCGCGCCGCCAGCCGCUCUACCCGCUCGACCUCGUCCGCGCCAUGCGCGCGCAGCGACCCAUGUGCAUACAGAACGCGGUACGUACUGCGACACGCCUUGCGACAUACAUACAUACUGUACGAGGUGGCGCUGGCGCUGGCCGCGCGCCGCCAGCCGCUCUACCCGCUCGACCUCGUCCGCGCCAUGCGCGCGCAGCGACCCAUGUGCAUACAGAACGCGGUACGUACUGCGACACGCCUUGCGACAUACAUACAUACUGUACGAGGUGGCGCUGGCGCUGGCCGCGCGCCGCCAGCCGCUCUACCCGCUCGACCUCGUCCGCGCCAUGCGCGCGCAGCGACCCAUGUGCAUACAGAACGCGGUACGUACUGCGACACGCCUUGCGACAUACAUACAUACUGUACGAGGUGGCGCUGGCGCUGGCCGCGCGCCGCCAGCCGCUCUACCCGCUCGACCUCGUCCGCGCCAUGCGCGCGCAGCGACCCAUGUGCAUACAGAACGCGGUACGUACUGCGACACGCCUUGCGACAUACAUACAUACUGUACGAGGUGGCGCUGGCGCUGGCCGCGCGCCGCCAGCCGCUCUACCCGCUCGACCUCGUCCGCGCCAUGCGCGCGCAGCGACCCAUGUGCAUACAGAACGCGGUACGUACUGCGACACGCCUUGCGACAUACAUACAUACUGUACGAGGUGGCGCUGGCGCUGGCCGCGCGCCGCCAGCCGCUCUACCCGCUCGACCUCGUCCGCGCCAUGCGCGCGCAGCGACCCAUGUGCAUACAGAACGCGGUACGUACUGCGACACGCCUUGCGACAUACAUACAUACUGUACGAGGUGGCGCUGGCGCUGGCCGCGCGCCGCCAGCCGCUCUACCCGCUCGACCUCGUCCGCGCCAUGCGCGCGCAGCGACCCAUGUGCAUACAGAACGCGGUACGUACUGCGACACGCCUUGCGACAUACAUACAUACUGUACGAGGUGGCGCUGGCGCUGGCCGCGCGCCGCCAGCCGCUCUACCCGCUCGACCUCGUCCGCGCCAUGCGCGCGCAGCGACCCAUGUGCAUACAGAACGCGGUACGUACUGCGACACGCCUUGCGACAUACAUACAUACUGUACGAGGUGGCGCUGGCGCUGGCCGCGCGCCGCCAGCCGCUCUACCCGCUCGACCUCGUCCGCGCCAUGCGCGCGCAGCGACCCAUGUGCAUACAGAACGCGAGUCAGUACAAGUUCGUAUGUGAAAGCAUACAGACUGCGUACACGCAAGGACUGACGAAGUCAUCUUCAGAGAACGGAUCGAACUGAAUUAAGAUAACUCCCUUGCCAAUUAUUGUACAGUCGACUAUAUACCUGACUGAUCGUAUUAAGGUAUGUAUGUGUUCAUUAGUAUACGCUAAAUCGUGAAUUGGACCUUAAAUGUAGUUAAUUAAGGUAGUAAUUUGUGUGUGCAAUACUUUACACUAAAGUUUGAUUGUAGUAUUAAGGAUUUUUGUAGAAGACUUAUUGAAGAACUCUUAACUUGAUACUUGAUUUGUAAGAAAAUGUUUCCAAUUACAUUUUGGACAAUUUGAGAUGUUAAGAACUUGCACAAAUUAUGCACAAGAAUGCGUUUUAAAUUCUGUGCCCUGAAAUGUAAUAUUUGCUUAAAUUCUUUCAGUUGACGAGAAUAUUUUUUAUUCUUUAUUUUGGUCUGUAUGCAUUUUGUUUAUUUGGCGUAUACUAUGAACACUGAAUGAAAUAACAGUGUGUUCAUGGUUUCAAGUAGUUAAAACUUUUUACAUGAUAUAGAAUGCUGUGUAGUCAGAAGAAAAACAAUCUUUAAUUUGUUGGGGGAUACGAGAAAAAUCUGUAUAUUAUGUGAAAUGUGUUAUAGAAAUACAUACAAUGUAAUGUGAACUUAUACUUGUGUAAUUCUAUUAAUUCGUUUGCGCAAAUUGCAUAACAUUUUUGCGCAAUGAUUUACAGGUUGCGCAAUUCCGUUGAGUAAUUAGCGCAACUGUGUAAGAACUGAUGCGCAACUCGUAUUUCGAUUGCGCUAAAAUUCGGCAAUUACAACGAAGCAUAUUUUCCUUGUAUCCUUUAACAAUUGAAUAAGGAAACAAUUUUCUAUAAACUUUAGUAAUUUGUAUUUAUUUCUAGUAUAUCUUCGACCAGUGGUUUGUAAUUGUUAAUUUAUAAAUUUUAUAACAAACAUUCGUUUCACUAUGUUAUUCGACAUCGAUUAACAUCUCGAAUAAUAUUAAUCGAUACCACAUAUCACUGUUAACGUUAAGAUUAAAUUUUAAUUUACAAUUUAUUAUUUAUUUUUAGUUUUAGUUUUCUUAACGCUUGCUGUGAUUUUUCAUUACACAUAAAUGUAAUGAUAUGAAUCUAAAAUAAUAAUAAUUAUAUAGUCUUGCCUUUCCAACGAAUUUAGUAAUUUAUUUGAUACGAAUUUGUAUAAUUUGUUAACGUAUUUAAGAUUUGAAUGGUGGCGAGCUUAGCGUGGUAAAUAGCUGGAAAUAUGAACUAACUACAUUAUGACAAACUCUCUUAUCCAGAACUAGUCAUUAGCCAUUGUCAAUGAUGAACUAAAUUAUAUUUUUUAUCUUUUUAAAAUGACAACCCACACUAAGAUUUUUUCCUGUGUCGUGGGUGUGUUU